GAGGCAGUGAAUGGCUUCACUUUAGCUAAUAGCUAACGUUAGAAUGGCUCGCUUUAGUUAUCUAGCAAUGUGUACAAAACUGCAGGUAGCUAGCUAGCUGGUAUAAAUACGACAGGUUAGUUAGCUUCAAGCGGCUCCAAGUUUCUUACAAGUUACGUUAAAUUAGAUGCUACGCUCUUUUCUUAUUCUUCUAAUCUUUCUGUAAAACUAGGUGGAGUCUGGUGAGAUCUACAUAGUGUAUUUUCACAUCAGGCCUGUAGCUUGUUCUGUUGAAAUACCUACUAUUGUCAAACUAUAAUCCCCUCUCAGACACUGAACCAUCUAGCCCAGCCAGUUUGCUGAUGUCGGCUAGACAAAUAGCCUGACGCUGUUUGCACGUCACCCCUGUGCUGAGUAUUUACUUUUUGCACUUUCUCACGGUCUCUUAAACCAAUUUACCUGAUUUAUUCAACUUGUUGGAAAGUUUGACAAGCAUGGCCUCCACUCCUCCACACAACUUCUCCUGGGUCGAACCAGGGAAACUGGCUGGACUGGCACUGCCCAGGAUGACAUGUGAAUACCAGUACCUGCUGGACAAAGGUGUCAAACACCUGGUUUGCCUGUGUGAGAGAAAACCACCAUACUAUGACUCGUGCCCAGAGUUACAGCUGCACCACAUUAAGAUAGUGGACUUCGCUCCUCCAUCACAAAGUCAGAUUGAUAGAUUCCUCUCUAUAGUGGAAGAGGCCAACUCCAAGGGAGAGGGUGUGGGAGUUCACUGCAUGCAUGGUCAUGGGAGAACAGGGACCAUGCUGGCCUGCUACCUGGUGAAGACGAGGAAGAUGUCGGGGAUCGACGCCAUCAACGAGAUCCGCAGGCUGCGGCAAGGCUCGAUCGAAACUCACGAACAAGAGAAAGCCGUGGUGCAGUUUUAUCAGCGCACAAAGUAGCUUUUACAGAGGGAGCAGUUCGAGUAACAGUUCUGCUUCUGUUAGGAAUAUGUGGAAGAAGUGCCUUGAUUAUAUGGCUAAAUUAAUACUACAUUAUCUAGAAUAGGAAAAUACAAGAAUUAAUGUUUAAACAGUUGAAAAAAAACUGAAUGUCCUGGACAACAAUACUGAACCUAUUAUUGACAUUACCCACAGUAUGCUCAUGGGACAUUUAACUAAGGCAAUACACUUGCACACUGCCUUAUUACCUGGUACUGUAUACUGUCACUUUGCUAGCAUCAUUACAUAAUCAUUGCUUUAACCUUCAUUUAUGCACUGGACGCCAAGGAAAAGAGACGCUGACGCUCCUUGAAUGUGAGCUUUUCAGGAGCUCUCUUGAUUUUUUCCUCCUGGUUUCUGUGAAUAAACAAUGGUAUUAGCAGGAAUACUUGAAUUUUAUUAAUGGGGAAUAACUUAUUGUAUGGGGACACAAACAGCAGCCUGUGCUGUUUUAAAAUAUAUUUAUAGAGUAUAGUCUGCAGAAUUAUUUUACUCAGGGAUCUCUCUCAAACACUUUUUGGAGUUUUUGGAAGAAUUCAAUUGCAAUAAUGUCUCACUGUAAGUACAAUUAGACUAAAUGAAGCUUGUUGUGAGAGUACAUUUCUGUGUCAUUAAAUAAUGAGUAGAAAUGCUGCAUAAAUAGCUGCUAGCUGUUAGAUUUGGUUGAAUUUCAAUGUUUUCAUUCAACAGCCAAAAACUCACUCUUUUGAUGCCAUGUUGUUAAUGUCUUGACUCCGUCCGCUUGGUCUGUGAUCUGCCAAAAACAUGGAAAUGUUGUAAUGUACAACAAAAUAAGAUGUCUAAUGAGCAUAGACUCUUUUGAAUAAAUGAAACUGACAACAAAA